AUGGUCUUCAUUCUAGCAAUAGCAGUUCCUGUAGCCCACCGUAAAAGAGCAUCGACACAGCAAACAAACACUUUUGCCAUUUUCGGAGACACAACACCACUUGAUGACGGACCCGCCGUCUCGCCUGCCAACAUCUCUGUUCCCGUUGCUUCUCCUGGUGUUGCAUCGGUUCCAUCAUCCCAGAAACCCAGCGUUGUUCCGACUGCUUCAGUUUCUGAAGGCGAAACGAACACCCCUGCUACAUACGUCCCUGGGCAUUUGACCAGAUCUGAAAAUGGUCUCCUGUUAUCGGAAGGACUGAAGUCGCGUAUUCUUGCCCAAUCGGGACAGCGGGUUCCGUACGGAACUGGCGGCCAAUCGAGCAUCAACUUUCACGGUCUACCAGAUUUCGGAGCAAUCUACAAGGACGAGCGGCCGGGCAACGAAGGCGGUUGGAUCUAUGUGAGCAACUCGGAAGUCCGCCUUAUCAAGAAUAAGGGCGGCGUCGGUGCCUUGACUUUUGAUAAGCACGGCAACGUCAUGGACUACAAAAUGGUAUUGGAGGGCACCACUGCUAACUGUGCCGGUGGGAAGACCCCUUGGAAUGCUUGGGUGUCCUGUGAAGAGCACCCAAGUGGCUUAAACUGGCAAGUCGAUCCUACUGGGGUGCGGGAGGCCAGGCCUAUCACGCUUGGAAUGGAUGGUGGUCUAUUCGAGACGUUCGCAUAUGAUGUUCGAGAUCGCAACGAGCCACAUUUCUUUGUCACGGAAGAUCACUUUGAGGGUGCACUGCGUCGUUUCACUCCAGACAGUGCCAACUGGAGCGAUCCGUGGAAUAUUUUGUACGGUCCUGGUGAAACAGAGUUUCUUACUCUGACUCCAGACUCCUCCGGUACGGCGGGGCAGUAUGGGUGGACAAAGAACCAUGAAACUGGCAAAGCCAACGCCGCCCUACACUUUCAGAACGCGGAAGGGAUGGAUGUGUAUGAAAACGAGCUCUACUUUAUUUCCAAGCGUUUCAAGUCGCUCUUCAUGCUGGAUCUUGACACGGGAACCUACACGAACCAAACGACGCGUCACGGAUUGUUUGACGGCGGACCGGAUCAGCUGCAGCGGAUUGUAGGAGAUGAAAAUGAGUUGCUGUACUUCACGGAGGACGGCGGACGCGACGCUGGAAUUCACGCCCGGAACGUCAAGGGCCAAUACUUUACCAUUUUGGAAAGUCCCGUGUACAUAGACGAAACGAGCGGCCUUGAUUUCUCCCCGGACGCGACACGCAUGUACGUGGCGUACCAAAAGAGCGGCCUCUUGUUCGAGAUUCGUCGCGAAGAUGGGUUGCCGUUUCACGGGAAAACAUUGAAUGUCAAGUAUCAUGCGACGUCAAACUAA